AUGCACCCGGACAGGAUUGAGGGUGGAGCUAACAUUGGUAAUGGUCAGGACCGGACACGAUUGAGAGAAGGAAAGGCAGUUCCUUCCAACACAGAGAAUGACUGUGGAGAAGGAGGUUCGAGUGAACCAAGUGAGGAGGGUUUAAUACAAACAGAGAAUCAGCCAAAGACACUGGCUGUGAAAUGUCUCAGAGAAUGUACAUUAACAGCCAGCGGGAACCCUCCCAUUUACACACUGCCCUUACAGAAGAAGGUACUUGAUGAGGCUGGACACCUUGUAAAAUGCUCCUUUGGAAAACCCACUGGAAAACACAGUGUGAGGACAAUCAUGGUUCUUGGAGCAACAGGAGCAGGAAAAACAACCCUCAUCAAUGGGAUGGUCAACUACAUCCUGGGUGUGGGAUGGGAGGACAACUUCAGAUACAAAUUAAUUGAUGAAGGGACAGGAAGAUCCCAGGCUGAAAGUCAGACAUCAUCAAUCACUGCCUAUGAACUGCACCAUCGAGUAGGAUUCCAGAUUGAUUACUCUCUCACUAUCAUCGACACUCCAGGAUUCGGAGAUACCAGGGGGAUAACCCGAGAUAAAUUGCUCACUGAUCAGAUCCGAGAGUUCUUCACUUCCCCAGAUGGUGUUGAUCAGAUCGAUGCCGUGUGUUUUGUUGCUCGGGCCUCUUUGGCUCGUCUGACCCAUACACAGAAAUAUGUCUUUGAUUCAAUUCUUUCCAUUUUUGGUAAAGAUAUUGCAGAGAACAUCAGAAUCCUGGUGACAUUCACAGAUGUUCAGGUUCCCCCUGUUCUGGAGGCCAUCAAUGUUGCUAAGAUACCGUGUCCCAAAGAUAAAAAAGGUUUCCCAGUUCACUUCAAGUUCAACAAUUCAGCCAUAUUUGCUCAAAGACCAGAGGAGGAAGAUAGCGAUAUCUUUGAUGCAAUGUUCUGGAAGAUGGGAUCAAACAGUAUGAGGAAAUUUUUUUCAGCUCUGAGCAAAAUGGAAACAAAGAGCUUACGUUUGACGAAGGAGGUCCUGAGGGAGCGUCAGCAACUGGAGGCUGCGAUAGAGGGAUUACAGCCACAAAUCCAAAUGGGUUUGACCAAACUGGAGGAGAUCAGGAAGACACACGAAGCUUUGAACCAACACCAGCUCAAUCUGGAUGCAAAUAAAGAUUUUGAGUAUGAGGUUGAUGUCCAAGUUCCAGUCCAGGUCAAUAUCCCUGAAUGGGAUUUCCUGUACAAUGGAAACAAUGUCCAAUGGUCACCCAUGAUGGGAAGGUUGGAGAGAAGGUCACUGUGUCUACAUCAUCCAAGGCCUCACCAACAAGAAGAGGGAAGCUCUCCAUGCCUGGAAAUACAACAUCUCCAGCGAAGCAAAGAGGAGAACACAACAAACAGCUCAGGUGGAGUUCCAAAGAAGGAUGAGAGAAAUCAAGAAUUAAUGGUGGCUGAGAAAGCUGGCGAGCUGCCACUCCUUGCUGACAAGCAUGACUCCUAG